AAACCAUCACGAUACGUUCCAGAAGCAGAAUACUCAAUCUGUUGAUCGCAGCAGUCAUCUUAGCAGUCGUAAUCAUGGUCCGCAAAUCAUACAAGACAGUCGAAACAGGCGACGACACAACGACCGUCACUGCACCGGCCUCGGAGGUAGAGGCACCCUCGACAUUCAGCGAUGGACUUCCACUACCGCAAGUCAUGGUCUUUGACCUCGAUUACACUCUCUGGCCUUUCUGGGUAGACACUCAUGUUACUGGCCCACUCAAGCCCACCAAGGAUGGUUUGGUCGUCAAGGACCGCUACAACGACUCGUACGGCUUCUAUCCAGAUGUCGCUGGUAUUCUUGUCUCUAUCAAAGAAAAGGACAUCACCCUCUGCGCCGCAUCACGAACCGGUGCCCCCGAACUAGCCCGCGAAAUGCUCUCCUACCUCCUCCUCCCGACCUCUCCCUCGUCCUCUACAUCACCAAAAGCUCUUCACAUCUUCGACGAUUUGCAGAUCUACCCCGGCGACAAGAAGACACAUUUCUCUCGCAUACACAAGAACACGAAUAUCCCAUACGAAGAAAUGCUCUUCUUUGAUGACGAAUCAAGGAAUAAAAAUGUAGAGACACUGGGGGUUGUGAUGAAAUUGGUUAGGGACGGUGUUUCGAGAAAGGAGAUUGACAAUGGUGUUAAAUUGUGGAGGGAGAGGAAUCAUAGGAUGAAGAAGGAGGACUGAGUCUGGUUCGGAAUGCGUAUAGAAGUAUAGAGGAAGGCACGUCUAGAGAUUAUGAUCAAGCAUCAUGAUAGACCUCGGAGAGUGCUUGACGGCAUUCUUCAGUCUUUGGUAUAUACGGCUCUAUGACAUCCUGGAUCAGGAUCGAUCAAUCAAAAGAGACACCUUCUUCGAAGACUAUUUGUCUGUGCUCUCCGGCGAGGGCACCAGAAGCGUAUAUCUCUUAUUCUUUUUGCCUGGAGGCCGUGUCCUGUCCAAUCCGUCCGCUCGUCGUGAGUUUCGCCUUCUGUAUCGUCUUGAUCCUUCGUGUGCCGGAUCCAAAAGUUGCCAUGCGUGCCGAAUCGGACAGAACGAGAAAGCUCGUGACCUCCUGAGCACGUUUCGGGAAGUCCUACCAAACCAACUCACCA